AUGACCGAAAAAGCUACAUAUGCAUAUGGUGAAGAAAUAUGCUCAUGGUUAUCGUUGAAACAUGAUAAGAGCAAACCACAACAGAUAUCACGUUUAAAUAAUAUGAAAAUUGUUCAAGUAGAUUAUGGCCAUGAUUUUUUUGCCAUUCUAACUGAUGAAGGACAAGUCCUUGCCUGCAAUUUAAAAUCUGAAUGGGGAAUGAAUGAAACAUUACGAUUAAUCAACAGGAAUAAUAAUUUUGAUCAAAUAACGGGUUAUAGUUUAUCAUCAUAUGAAAGAAUGAUCCACAUUGAUAAACCAAAAAAUUUCAAGCGCAUAGUUUGUGGAUUUGAUCAUACUUUAUCAAUAACUUAUAAAGGAGAGAUUUAUUCCUGGGGUGAUAAUAAUUGUGGUCAAUUAGGUUUGGGUGAUGGAAGAGACCGAUUUGGAAACAUCCAAUUAGGUCUUGGGGAUGGAAGAAACCGAAACACUACACGUCCUGUUGCAUUUCCAAAUGCUGAUUUGGCCACUUUCCAAAUCAAAGAUAUUGUUGCUGGCCACCAAUAUUCAUUAUUUUUAUUCAAAAAUGGUCUGCUUUGGGGAUGUGGUUCAAAUAGUCAUGGUGAACUUGGUCUUGGUGAUUUUAAUAAUCGAUCAAAGUUGACAAAAAUACCGAUUAAAAAUGUACAACAAAUUGCAUGUUCAAAAUUCCACAAUUUUUCAUUGGCAUAUGAUGGAUCAUCGUACUAUGCAUGGGGCGAAACCAAAUCUGGCAAAUGGUCAUCACCUAGAAAAUUGGGUGGUCAUCCGACAUCAUUUUCAGCCGCAUCGGCAAUGAUUCUAUCAUCACCAAUAACAUUUGGCCUCACAUCAAUAAUCCAUGCAUUCGGAUCACAUGAUUCAAUAUCGUACCAAAGCGAAUCACUUCUCCGAUUAUUCGAUAAUCGAGAUAGUUAUGAUUUGGAAUUUCUAAUUGACAAAAAGCAUAUUAAGGCGUGCAAAUGUUAUCUCAAAUCUGCAUCGGAAUAUUAUCGUCGAAUGUUUUCCGGUAAUUGGAGAGAAAAUGAUCAAGUAAUCAUCAACGAUUAUUCAUAUGAAACAUACUAUGCGUAUCUACGUAUGUUACAUACGGGUGAAAUUCAAAUUAAUCAUCAAAACAUAGCCGAACUUGUUGAUCUGGCCAAUUGUUAUGGUGAUAAAAGAUUGAUGAAACAUUGUAAAACAUUCAUAUGGAAUGAUCUGAAUGCACAAACUAUGCCCUCAUAUCUUCCAUUAAUUAUCAAAUACGACAUGAAGGAAUUCUACGAUAAACUAAGUCGUAUUACUAUCAAACAAGUGUUACCGAAAGUUGCCGACAGUAUUCGGCAAAACAAUAAAAAAUCUAUUGAAUUUCUCAAAUGGUUUUACGAUCAAUAACAAAUGUUUCAACAGAUGUGAAUCAUUGAUUCAGUUCUUGUAAAAAAAU